UUGGUAAAGGGGAACCUCGGGUGACAAUAACAACCGAGGAUUCGCUGCCGGUCGUGUGGUUUGGCCCUAAGAUGGGUUGAGAAAUUCGAGUCUCUUGGCGCAGUGCCUGAAGAUACGCUCAGUGAUUCCACGGACAGGUCCUUCGAAGCAAACCCAUAGAGACCCGAAAAGUCAGAGAAAUAAUUGUUUAAUUCUGAGGAUGGGGUUUUAGUGAGGGAAGUGGGCGCAGUAAGAAUGCGAUGCGCCUUUGAAGGUUCCAAGCUGACGAUUCUAGCCCUCAAUUUGUCGUUUGUUUGGAUUCAGUCGGUGGACAAAUUCCAUUCGAUGUCCUCAGUCAACGAUCGGUGUUGAAGCUGUGUUUGCAGCCUCGGUCUCGGUUGAAUUUGCUCUGUGAACGUUGCGAGUUCAGUGGUCGCUAGAGGAAAUUCUGGUUUGGUAGGUUGCGAUUCAGCAGAGGGUUGCCCAUGCGCAGGUGUCGAUGAAGGUUGGAGGAAUUUUUGUGAAUGCGUCAGGGGACUGAAUUUGUGGGGCUGGAAUUUCUGAGAAAAAUUCGACGUGAGUGAGCGAAGAUGCUGAUGAUGAAUUCUCAGCAGCAGCAGCAACAACAACAACAGCAGCAACGGCAGCUUGUAGUUGCUGUGGAGGGCACGGCUGCCUUAGGACCCACUUGGUCCGUGCUGCUGACGGAAUAUGUUGAGAAGAUCGUGAGGACAUUUCAUGCCUUCAAUGGAGGUGGUCAGAAACAUACUGGACCUCCUGGACCUCCCGGAGAGAUGGCGUUGGUUGUCUUUUACAGUCACAGUCCUUCCAGUGGUUGUUUGAUACAAAGGAGCGGCUGGACUUCAAGUGCUGAUGUGUUUUCCCGUUGGCUCUCGUCUAUCCAUUUCGAGGGGGGUGGAUUUGGAGAGGCUGCUAUUGCUGAGGGACUUGCUGAAGCUCUCAUAAUGUUGUGUCCAGGGCCCAACGUCCCUCCAGUGUCACAAGCGACAGAGCGCCAGAGACACUGUCUUCUAAUAGCUACUUCCAACCCACAUCGACUGCCCACACCAGUUCCCAGCCCUCCUGUUCCCAUGUUCUCACAACAGUCCCAAGGAAAUAAUGCUGAUACACAGUUGGAACAAUGGUACCUGGCUGAUGCGGAUACAGUGUCCCAGGCUUAUGCACCUUGUUCGGUUUCUCUGUCGGUGAUUGCACCUAGGCAGUUGCCUUUGUUGCGGAAUCUAUAUUCACAGGCCAAGCGCUUAUCUCGAGGAUCUGAAGGUGUCAACGAGCCUCCUAAAGUGAGCCCGCAACACCUAGUUCUUCUGUCGGAUGGGUUCUUGGAAGCCAGAUUAGCGCUGCAUCGAACCGCUGUGUCGAACACUUUGUCGAAUAAUGUUCCGAAGAUUGAACAGCAUCAAACUGUUUCAGUUAACGGCUCGUCAGUCACCAACCAGAUGCCUGUAGCAGGAGUGAGACCUACAUCUGGGGCUGCAACAGGAAUUGGGUCUUUGGCCGGACGACCAGGUUCCAACAUGCCCAAUCCACCUGUUACUGUGAAAACGGAGGCGGGUACUCAAGGAGGUCUGAACUCUUUGUUACAGCACAACAAUGCCAACAACAACAACAACAUAUCUCUGCCUAUGCAGCAGCAGUUGCCAUCUACUGGUGCACUCUCCAAUCAGGACACCAUGCAGUCUUCUCUGACUUCAAUAACGUCUCCAGAGACCCAGCAGCAGCAGGACUUCAAGGUGUUAGGAAACAUACCCUCAACCCAGCCUCUAAGACCCGUUGGAGGCAAUACUCUUCAAAACUCUAGCCUCAUGGCUCACAGUCCAUCUCAGUCUCGCCAUACCAUCGGUUCCCCGUCUUUGCCCCCAGCAAGCCCCCUGAGUGGUCUCCAAUCUUCAGGAGUGGGAGUUCCAGUAUCCAAUAUUAUGUCAAGCAUUGCUGGAGGAGCGAACUCUUUGUCCAAUUCUCAGAGUGCUUUGGGGGUCAGUGGCCAGCCAGUAGGUAUCGGAAUGGGUUCAAACAACACUGUCGGAAUGAAUGUUGGACAAGGGGGCGUUGGUGCUGGUCAAACAAUGCAUUCCAACUACACUUCUGGAUCUGCAAGUUUGGUGAACAGUCAAAUGCUUGGAGCAGUGCAAACAAAUCCGUCGUUGGUCAACACUGGAGGCGCAGGAACGGGGCAAGGGCUAGGAGGACUUGGACAGGGAACCGUGAGUGGGGUUAGUGGUCAAGGUGGUCUGGCCCCGUCGAAUCAAAUGGCUUCAGGUGGGCUAGGAUCCACAAUGGGAGGCCAAGGUACAUCCGGCGUCAAUUCUGGAACUGGCACGAUGAUUCCUACUCCAGGGGUACCUCAGUCGCCUAGUCAGGUCCAAUCCCUCAACAGUAACACAGGAUCGUCCCACCAUCCACCCGCCGCUGCUCCUGCGCAACAAUCGCUCAAGUAUACAAAGUUAUGGGAGGGCAUUCUUGCUGGUCAGAGAAAGGGAAAUGCUGUACCUAUUCCUAUCUGCAAACUGGAGGGCUACCGCCAAACGUCAUCUCCAGAAACGCUGGCUGCGGACUGGCCACCAACCAUGCAAAUUAUGCGGCUUAUACCCCAGGACUACAUGAAUCAAAACAGGGACUAUCAGCGAAAAGCUGAAUUGCUCGUCUUUCGUCCACUUACGCAACAUGAUUUUCUUGUCCAAUUGGCCGAGAAGAAGCUGUGUGCAGUUAUACAAUUACCCAGUCAAACUCUGCUCCUCGCGAGCACAGAGAAGCCUGGGCGGAUGAUCGGCAUGCUCUUUCCAGGGGACAUGGUACAGAUCAAGCCGCAAGUAUCGAGCCAACAACAGCAGGCCGCAGCUGGUGGCACAGCUGCCCAAGCUCACAGUCUUGCUGUGGGGCAGAGUGGAUUAGUGUCACAGAAUCACUCUCAAAGUGGGCUCUCGCAAAACCACUCUGUAGGCCAAAGCGGCAUGUCUCAAGGGGGUUUGUCUCAAGGUGGUUUAUCUCAAGGUGGCCUGUCUCAAGGUGGUUUAUCUCAAGGUCAUCCAGUCGGGCAGAGCGGCUUACUACAGAAUCAUUCUGUGGGACAGAGUGGAUUAUCACAGAACCAAAUUUCCAACACCCUUGGUCAAAGUGGUUUUGUACAGAAUCAGCUGCAAAGCCAGCUGCAAAACCAGCUCCCGACCGGCCAGCAAAUUACGCAGGCUCGGUCUCAGUUGAUGACAGGAGCUGCUGGUUUACAUAAUUCAAGUUUCCUUCCCUAAGUGCCGAACUAUCGGCGGGGCUAAAGUCACCCUUCUUAGUUCCUCCUAUGCUUCUUCUUUCCAAGUUCUAUUCCUAGUCUGCACCUGCCACUGGCCUGGUUUCCACAUUUCUGUACUGUAAUUGCACUGUCUGCUGGCCUCCGUGAUGCAAGUUUCUUUCCAAUUGUAACGUAGUAAAACUUCGACACAUUGUAGCACAGGUGUCUUCCAUGAAGUCACCCAUUAGAAGGGCAAUAUUCCCCUUAAGCCCGGCCCAUUUCAGAUUAUAAUUGUAAAUAUCUUAACAUCCUCUGCAUGCCAGAUGAUGGAUGAUCUCUGUAUCUCAUAAACAGAGAUCCCUAUCAAACAAACGUUUGGUAGAUAUAAGCGCAGGCCGUGGUGAACCCGCCACUACAGCCUGAACUUGAUACCUGUGCUUGUGCAUGCGCACAUGAUCAAGUGAAUUUGUGCAGUAUGAAGCUCUUAUGGAUCUCUCCUGCGGAUUCCGUAGGCAUGUCCAGAUUACCCCAUCUCUACUAUGGCCACUGCGAGCUCCGAGAACCAGCUGGAUUAUAUCUCUUCACGAACUGGCUCGUUGAAUUUCUGUCAUGAAGGGUAUGGUGAUCAAAGUGGAGUGUUGAACGUCGAGGCGCUGGUGAAGCCAGUGAUUUGGCAGUUGUCUACGGCAAUUGGAAGAGCAGGGCACGAACUGGUGUUGGACCCUCCUCCUCUUCUGCAUGUCUUCGCAGCUCAUUUCUGGAUGCAACUUUUGGGCAUAUAUUUAGGACAAGUUGUAGAAAUGGUAGUCUAUAAAGCGUCUGGGCAGCGGAACAUAAUAUAUACAGAUCAGCAUCUCUGCAGAUCCCCCCAUGGAUGUCAAAGUCCAUUGAAGGUGUCCACGUGAGGACAAGCUUUUAUUUUCAAGUUGUGUGAUCUGCGAGCUGGGAAGACAAGUUUGGCGAACAUUGUAGACAGCUUUUGCGGUUACUUGGCAGGCACCAAACUUGUCUAAUUUCAAAUUUAUAUUCAUCUGUUCAUAGCCUUUUGCAGACAGCUAUUGAACAAUUAUUUGCAUUAGAAGCCCUUUUGUCAUUCGUUUGUAUCAUGUAGCUCUGUAAACAUUUGGGAUGAAGUAAAGUGGUACCUGAAGUUUGACGAA